UAUUUCCACCGUCCGGGGCGGCGGGCAGCGAGCGGAGCUGAAGGCGCGCCUCACCCAGUUUCGGUGAUCAGCUCCCCUUGGUGGCGGCCGGCACCGGGCGAUCGAUUGGGUUCCCGAGACUGUCCAGGAGACAGACGAGUGGCGGACCAGGGGGGUCCGUGAAGAGUCCACAGGGAAGGACCACUGAAAACCUCACCGGAAGCUCAGCUGACACAGACCCUGCCUUUGGACUUUGCUGUGCAUAAUAUCCAACCAGGAGACUGGGUCCUAGUUAAGGAGUGGAAAGAAGCACCCCUGGUGGCUAAGUGGCGUGGACCUUUCCAGGUGUUACUGACUACAGAAACAGCCGUCAAGACAGCUGAACACGGGUGGACACAUCACACUCGAGUCAAGGUCUCUAAAGCUCCAGAGAUUUGGACAUCUCAGCUGGAGGAGAAGGAUGGGAAGCCGCGACUGACACUCCGCAGGAGUGGCCCGGAGCAGUAGCUGGUGCGUCGACAUCGGGGGAAGCCCUGAGUGCCUACCCACAGACUGACUGCUGAAAUAGUCUGUAUGGGCAUCCCUACUCUCAAAUCUCCAGACACUAGGAGCCAAUCCAUGCUGUCAUUGCUUUCUUUAUGCUAAACUGUUUCUGUGCUUUCACUUGCCACAGGUGGUGUAGAAGACAACGUGAAAUUGAAAAUUAGAAAUUAGAUUGUAACACUAUUAGAAUGUCUCUCUUAAUAAUUUUACCUUUAUAUUUUCAGUUAAGUUGGAGUCUAAAGUGGGAAAAUAAUUUUUUUACUUUAGGAGAACAAGUAGCAAAAACCUUUAACCUUAAGAACUGUUGGGUCUGCGGGGGGCCGGGGGGAUCUGAAAGCUGGCCAUGGGUAGCCAGCCCAGUCGAGCCUAAAUGGUGGGUUAGCACCCUGAGUGAAGUCCAUAAUGAAACAGGAUUUUGGGACAAAGAAGGAAGUCCAUGGCAGCUUCAUUCUUCUGAAAGAGGCAUUUAUUGCCUAAACAGAACAGGAAGCACAUAUGUGGGAAAGAGCGUUUGUGACUGGACUUUAUCUUUGGGUUUAGAUUGUUGGACCCCCAACUGCCCUCCUUAUGACUGUUCCAGAUAUCAAGGCAGAUGGAAUCAAACACAUGUUAAACUCACUAAUGGUAGCUGGGUAAGGUGUUCCUUCCAUAAUUACCAAAAAGAUUUUGAAGGCUGUAAAGCAGUGAAAAAAGAUAAGUUUUUUGACCCUUUAUUUUUAAGCUGCCCCCGAGAUAAUUCCACAAGUCCGACACAUGUUGUCCGAGACUAUCAGUGGAAAUGGCAACACCGGAAUGGAACUCGAACCCUUUUCAGUAAGUUCUGGUCCAGAUCUAAUAAAACAGAUCUGGGAUGUGAUUGCAAGUGGAAGCCUCAUGUAGGAGCUUGGAAAUGUAAAUAUUGUGAUUCUUAUGGCGAGGCAACUAUUGUUGGUGGACCACUAGGCCCUGGAAGUAAGCUGUAUUUUGACCCACCAGUUGAUGAUGAAAAUUGGAAAGGUCCCUUCGCUAAUGGGACCUGGGCUCUAAAGGGGCAUUACUGGAUUUGUGGCCAAAAUGCUUACCGCAGGCUACCCCCAAACUGGUCAGGAAUAUGUUAUGUGGGGUAUAUUAGACCAUUGUUCUUUCUGCUACCACAAGUUCAGGGAAAUCAGUUAGGAAUCAAAGUAUAUGAUGAUCUAAUUAGAGAGAAGCGGUCCAUUGAUACAUCCCUGGUUGGAAAGAGCACCCAAAAGUGGGGAAAAGAUGAAUGGCCACCUGAACGAAUCAUACAACACUAUGGACCAGCUACCUGGAACCCAAAUGAAUUAAUAUCAGGUGCCAGAGAACCCAUUUAUAAUCUAAAUCGGAUAAUUAGGUUGCAAGCUGUCUUUGAAAUAAUAAUCAACCAGACAGCUACAGCUCUUGACCUUCUUGCUGACCAGUCUACUCAGAUGAGAAAUGCAAUAUUUCAACAUCGGAUGUUCUGUGGAGGAGAGAUCUACCUAAACACCACUAACCACUUGACAGGCCUUUUUCAAGGAAGAGAAUCGGUGCUUUAUUUAAAGGCAUUUGUAGACAGUCUCAUUUGUACAUUUGACCUCUGUAGUGUGGAAAGUCUCGAGGAAAGAGCUAUAAAGCUCUUGACCAAUGUGACCCCCAGUUCCCAUGCACCUCCAGAGAACAAGCCAUUCCCUGUGGAAGCAGGUGUGAAGCGACAGGGCUGUGACACCGCCACGGACAGACAGACCUCUGAUGCUGCGACAGCGGAUUUGUGGUGGGAUGUGAUAAUGAUCUUUCCUGCAAAUUCAGCUCACACCUUAAUACGGGGACAAAUUGCCACUGCUCCUGGGAAUUUCACUGCCUUAAGAGUCUGCCUGACUCAGAAGAAGUAUAAUCUCCUGUAA